ACCCAGUCACUGUGCGCUCAACGCUAGCGCCAGCGCCGCUGCUGUCGUCGCUCGUAAUCACAGUUUCCUUAACAAUUUCGCUAAGACUAUAUCAUUAGCAUUAUUACUAAGUCGUUUUAGUACGAGUGUAGAACAACAUUAGCGCCUUAGUUGUCCGUCGGUACUUUUUGUUGCAUUUUAUUGUGUGUGUAUGACUCGGUGUGUGUGUUUGUGUUGUGAUAUGCCAAUCGCACCGCCUAAGAACGUACGUUGCGAGACUCACCGCUGAUUAGUCGACUACUUCAACUGACAGUUAACUGUUGACACACUUCGGCUUACGGUCGUCCACGGUUCUACGUUGCUACGUCUGCUGCUGCUGGGGAUACGAAAAUACAAACACAGCAAAUAUAUCGGUUUAAGCAAGCGUUGAAGAAACAAAAAUUAUCCUGAUAAGAGUGAAAACACGCACGAACAUACAAGUACACGAACAUACACGUUAUGUAGUACAUGUAGCGCCAGCUAACUUUGCAAGUGCAUCCCUGUGGCGCGUAUCGAAAAAUAUUUAUUUUAUUUGAGCUUCGAAUUUUUUAUUGUUGUUGCUUGGACAUGAUAUGACAUGAAUUACAACUUUUCCGGGUUUUCAAGUGCAUUUUAGUUAUUAAAUAAAUGGCGGAACAGUAAAAAAUUAAAAAAAAUUAAAUUAAAAAAAUUGAAAUUUAAAAAUAUUAACUAGAAAAUUUUAAUUAAUAAAAAAAUUAAGUUAAUUAAUUAAAAAAAAAAAAUAAUAAAAAAAUUAUUAAAAAAAGUCAAGUAAAUAAAUAAAGAAAGGCGGAACAGUAAAAAAAAUACGAUUAAAAAAUUUUAAUUAAUAGAAAAUUAAUUAAAAAAAUUAAGUAAAUGAAUUAAUAAAACGGAACACUAAACCAAAUUUAUAUUAAAUUAUUAUUAAGGAGGUGGAACAGUAAAAAAAUUUAAGAUUAAAAAAAUUUAAAUUAGAAAAUUUUAAUUAAUAAAAAAAAUUAAAAAAUCAGGUAAAUAAAUUAAAAGCGGAACAUAAAAAAAAUUUAAAAUUAAAAAAGUUUUAAUUAAUACAAAAAUUAAUUGAAAAAUUAAGUAAAUAAUUAAAAAAGGCGGAACAGUAAAAACAUAUUAAGUAAAAAAUUUAAUUAUAAAAAAAAAAUAAUUAAAUAAAAGUGAAUAAGAAAAAGCAUCACUUAAAGAAAAAUAAAAAAAUUACAAAAGAAAAUUAAUGAAAAAAAAUUAAAAAAUUACGAAAACAAUUCCUAAGAAAGAACACUUAAAAAUUUACAUAUACAUGCAUACAUAUGUACAUCUAUAAUAACUACCAACAUCUCAAACGCAUUUCAAACACAUCACAAAUGUGCAUUAUGCCAAUUUGAGUUCCGCGCACACGAGGAAAAGCUUUAAGGUGUGAUCUGUUGCGUAUUCUAUGCAAAUCUUCGCGUCAAGUGUGCAUUGUUGUGUACUUAGUGCAAGCCAAAAGUGACUGUCAAGGCAAGACUAGGCAAUAUUUUGUUUUUUCGGCAAAUAUUUAAUAUUUGUGUUUAGCUAAUUUGUGUGCGGCAAAAGUAACGAAGAUAAAAAAACAACAAUUACAUACAAACAAACACAUACAUAUUUAUAUACAUAUCCACACUCAUCGAUACGCCAGAUUUGUUUGCUAAGCUAUUUGGUUUCGCCUUUGUCGCGCGUUGCAUGCGUUUUAGCAAUUGCCUGACGUAUACAACAAGUGUCCAGCAAGUGUCAACUGCAUGCUGUUAAGUUUCUAGGGGGAUAUGUUAAAAAUGAAGACAGAAGUGCUAUCGGGUAGUGGCUUUGAUGAGUCCUAUAUAUUUGAGGAUAAUUUGCUGCGCAUGAUCGAUGCCGAGGGACAUAUGAUGCAUGGCAUUGAGCCGGCGCUCUCGGCGCUUAGCAGCGCCUCCGCACACAGUCCAAGCGGCAGUCAGGCGCUGAGUCCAGCGCUCAGUCUCAGCGGUGGUAAUAGCAAUAGCAAUGGCAAUUUAUCUACUAGUGGCAAUAAUACUAUUAACAAUAACAACAACUCAUACGCGCAAAACAAUAACUCACAAUCGGCAACGGUUUGUGCUAUAUGUGGCGAUCGCGCCACCGGCAAACAUUACGGUGCUUCCAGUUGUGACGGCUGCAAAGGCUUCUUCCGACGCAGCGUGCGCAAGAAUCAUCAAUAUACCUGCAGAUUUUCACGCAACUGCGUUGUGGACAAAGACAAACGCAAUCAGUGUCGUUAUUGUCGCUUACGUAAGUGCUUUAAGGCGGGCAUGAAGAAGGAGGCAGUGCAAAAUGAACGCGAUCGUAUUAGUUGUCGUCGCACCUCAAACGAAGAUCCCGAUCCCGGUAAUGGCUUGUCCGUUAUAUCGCUGGUUAAGGCCGAGAUUGAGAGUCGUCAAUCGAAAGCGGGCGCUGCCAUGGAGACCAAUCCGAAUGAAGAUCUAUCGAACAAACAAUUCGCCAGCAUCAACGAUGUGUGUGAGUCAAUGAAACAACAGCUGUUGACGCUGGUCGAGUGGGCCAAGCACAUACCAGCCUUUAAUGAUCUGCAGCUGGACGAUCAGGUGGCGUUACUACGCGCGCAUGCUGGCGAACAUCUGUUGUUGGGAUUGUCGCGGCGCUCUAUGCAUCUGAAAGAUGUGUUGCUGUUGGGCAACAAUUGCGUUAUCACGAAACAUUGUCCAGAUGCGCGUCUGUCGCCAAACUUGGAUAUUUCGCGCAUUGGCGCUAGAAUCAUAGAUGAGCUCGUUUUUGCACUGCGCGAUGUGAAUAUUGACGAUACCGAAUUGGCAUGCAUCAAGGCGCUGGUGUUCUUCGAUCCGAACGCCAAAGAUCUCAAGGAACCGCAACGCGUUAAGACGUUGCGCCAUCAAAUCCUAAACAAUCUGGAAGAUUAUGUGUCGGAUCGACAAUAUGAGUCACGCGGUCGUUUUGGCGAAAUACUCUUAAUACUGCCCGUACUGCAGUCCAUCACUUGGCAGAUGAUCGAACAAAUACAGUUUGCGAAAAUUUUCGGUGUCGCCCACAUUGACUCGCUGCUACAGGAAAUGCUACUUGGCGGUGAACUGGCCGACAACUCACCACUCUCGCCGCCAAGCCUGACCAACUACAGUCCGACACGCAACAUGGACGGCAGUCAUGUGUCGUCAACACUGGACGUGCUCACCUCACCCACAACCGCUGAUCAUUUGAGCGCCUGCAUGGAUAGCAACAGUUUGGAUGCACAAAUGAUGUCGCCACUACUGGAAAAUAUUGCCGCAUCGCCACCACAAUACAAUCAGUUGCGCUCAUACCAGACACAACAGCGCCCACAACAACAACAAGCGGUCAACAACAACACAGGUACACCACUACACACACGCGCCAUGCAUUCACCACACCUCAACGACACCGAUACGAACAAUGUCGACAUGGUUAACGGCGCCGGCAACUCAUGCAUGGACGAGAAUAGCAUGUACAACACCAACAGCGUUAUGCGUCCACUAUCCACGAGCAGCGCACACAAUUUGCCACAUAUGUCAUCGCCGAAUAUGCAACAGCAUCCACAUGCCGCAUCCUCACCAAUGCAACAUUCACCGCCGUUGCAUCGCAAUCAUCCCUACCAAAGACCGGAUCAGUUGAAUGCCGCGCAACAACAUAAUAAUGGCGCCGUUGCACAGCAGCUACGCAAUCCGGCUGAGAUGACGUUGAAUGAAUAUAAUAGCGGCAGCGCUGAGGAAAUGCUGCGUCGCGCGCCAAUCAAAAUACGUGGACCCGACGCGCUGAGCAGCGGCGCUGGCGGUGCUUAUAUGAUGGGUGGCGGUUUGCACGAUGCCGAGAGCGCGUAUCGCCUGACAUUGAAACAGGAACCGGAAACAGGUUAUUGAAAUAUGGUGGGGUUGCACGUAGAGUUACUAUCUAAAAAGCUCUCUAGUUAGCGUUGCCAACUGCAAAGUCAUAUAUUAUAUAACAAUAAAAAAAGUUAGUAAAUAAGUGCGCUUAGUUGGGGUAGUGCAACUAUUUUAUGAAAUGUCAAUAGAGACGUCUCAAGUUUGAUGCCAAAUUUGUUUUGCCGCCAAUUUAACGGUACUUUAAGUCAGGUUACUUGAAGUCGCGUUCAACAGCGUCAACUAGCUACUUGUUGAGCGCUUAAUUUAGCAAUAAAUAUACUUUUUAUGCUUAGUCAACGUGUUACAUGGACUUCCAUAUACAUAUACACUGAUGUAACAAACAAACCUACAACAACGUAUACGUAACGUAUAUAUUUUUGCAAUUCGAAAAAAAACUAAUAAAUUUAAAAUUUAUAUAAUUCAUAUUAUAAUGGUAGAGUGUUUUUUCAUGCAAAUUUAUAUUGUAUAAGCUUACAAUAAUUCUUGUUGCAAUCUUUGUUGCCUUUAACAGUUAAGUAGUUAGGUUUUAUGGAAAUUUUGUUGUUAUGAAAACUUGUUACACAAAAAAAAUCAUCAUAUACAUUUACUUUAAUAGGGGUUAAAUAGGUAAAAUUUGUAUAAUCACAGUGGAGUAUUUGUUGGACUAUUUUAUUUGAUUAUUUUUUUCCUAUAAAUAGGUUAAGGUGAAAAUUGAAAUAAGCAUUUACAUGAAAUAUUUUUUACAAUAUUUGUACUGCAAUGGAUCAAAUGUAUCAAUAAUGUUUAAACGUAAAAGAAAUAAAUUAGUUUUACCGAAAAAAAAAAA